UCACUUCAAACCCAUAAAUAAUUUAAUCUAUUGCUCCAUAUUUUUUAUUCCGAAGUUUUCAUAUUUGGAAAAUGGGUGCAAAAGUGUUUCACUUUUAAAAAGUUUCAAAAAGAGAAGACCAACAAGAACCACAACAAGAAAAAAAAAAAAGGAGAACAUUUUCCCACGAAAUGCCAACAGUUUGGUUUUCUUUGAAGAAAUCACUUCAUUGUAAAUCAGAACCAACAGAAGUUCAUGACCCAAAAUCCAAAAAAAAUCUAGCAACAAUCUUGACCAAGACCAAGAAACCAACAACUAGUAGCAGGUCUGGUUGUUCAAGGUCUAUUGCAAAUCUUAAAGAUGUUAUACAUGGUGGCAGUAAAAGACAUUCAGAAAAUCCAGUUAACUGUAGUCCAAGAUCUAUUGGAAGUAAUGAGUUUUUGAACCCAAUUACGCAUGAAGUUAUUUUAAGUGAUACAAGAUGUGAGCUUAAAAUAACAGCUUUUGGUAAUGGGCUUCAUGAUUAUGGGUCAAGUUUUUUUGGUUCAUUAAUGCCUGGAACACCAGGCCCUGGAUGUGGUGGUGGUGGUCAGACAACAAUGCAUAAUUUAAAGUCUCAACAAAAUAGUACUAAUGGUGCUAGUAUUGUUACAAGAAGAAUGGGCUCAUCGUUGGGAAAUAUUGAUGGGAAUAAUGCAAUUUUAAAUGGAAAAAAUGGAACCCCAUCAAAAAAUAGAGGUUCUUUAGAGACAGAAGUUAAUGGGUCUGGUGGUGGUGGUGGUGGUGGUGGUGGUGGGGCAGUUACAUGUCAUAAGUGUGGGAAGCAGUUUGGGAAGUGGGAAAAUCUUGAAGCCCAUCAUCUGUCUAAGCAUGCUGUUACUGAACUUAUGGAAGGUGAUUCAUCUAGAAAGAUUGUGGAAAUUAUAUGUCGAUCAAGCUGGGUAAAGUCUGAGAACAAUUCGGGUCGGAUUGAGAAGGUUUUAAAAGUACACAAUAUGCAAAAAACACUAGCCCGAUUUGAGGAUUACAGAGAAUCAGUGAAAAGCAAAGCUAGCAAACUCCCAAAGAAACACCCUCGUUGUCUAGCCGAUGGAAAUGAGCUUUUAAGGUUCUACGGCACCACAAUUGCGUGUUCACUUGGAAUCAACGGUGAAUCUAGCUUAUGUAUUUCUGAUAAAUGUUGUGUUUGUCGGAUUAUUAGACAUGGUUUCUCAACCAAUAGAGAGUUAAAGGACGGAGUUGGCGUUUUCACAACUUCAACCAGUGCCCGGGCUUUUGAAGCUAUAGAAGUGUUUGACGACGGACCUGAUACACGAAAAGCUUUGAUGGUAUGUAGAGUGAUUGCAGGGCGUGUGCACCGACCACUAGAGAACAUUCAAGAGAUAACUGGGCAGACGGGUUUUGACUCAUUGGCUGGAAAAGUUGGGCUUCAUUCGAAUAUUGAAGAUCUUUAUUUGCUUAGCCCCAAAGCUCUUUUACCUUGCUUUGUAGUGAUUUGUAAACUCUAGAGAGAUGACAUAUUGAAUGGUCUCUUUUUGGUAAAAUUUAGGGUUUUAUUUAGAAUUUUAGAUAGGUUUUUGACCAUUUUGGUUAGUUUGUAAAAGUUUUCCUUGUGUUUUUCUUUAUGAAUUCACCUACAAAGAUGCAUUCAUAAACUUUUUUGAAAUUGGAAUCUUUAUGAUUGUGUA